UAAAAAAAGCCUUUGCUCUCAUAAAAAGCCCCAUCUCUUUCUCUAGAGUCUCUAUCUCUAAACUGAAGAGUUACAGUCCGAGCUAUAGCUGGUGUCUCUUGGUCUUUUCUUAACCUUGAUUCGUUUUCAAAGCUGAAAUUCUUUUUUUAUUUCUUUCUUUCUCCUUUUUUUUUUUUUUUAUAAUCUGUACAUAGAGAUAGAGAGUUUGUUGCUCUGUUUAUUUGCAAUGGAUGUGAUAGCAGCAGGAGAUGACUAUUCCAUCCCACUUCUGAUUGGUGAGAAGCAACAUCAUGGGUUAGGAAGAAGUGAAGAAGAAAUUGAAUCUAAUAUUAAUCCUAAUCAUGAUUGCCAGAAAACGAAUUCAUCUUUCGUCAAAACCUGUUUCAAUGGUUUAAAUGCUUUAUCAGGAGCUGGAUUACUUUCAAUCCCAUAUGCACUAGCCUCAGGAGGAUGGCUAAGCUUGAUACUUCUCUUUGUUAUAGCUAGUGCGGCAUUUUACUCGGGCAUACUUAUAAAGAGGAUUUUGGAGCUAGAUUCCAUAAACAUUACAACUUAUUCUGAUAUAGGCUAUCGUGCUUUUGGGAACAAGGGAAGAACAAUGGCUGCCAUUCUCAUGUACUCAGAGCAGUACUUAGUGGCAACUGGUUUUCUAAUCCUUGGUGGUGAUAACCUAAAUAACCUAUUUCCUCGUGUUAAACUUGACAUUUCAGGAGGAUUAACACUCGAUGGCCAACAAUGUUUCAUUCUAAUCGUUGCUCUAGCUAUAUUACCCUCGGUUUUGUUUGAUGACUUGAGCCUUCUUUCUUAUGUCUCGGCAAGUGGGGUUAUAGCCUCUUUGGUCAUCUUUUUGUCCAUUGUUUGGGCUGCUGCCUUUGAUGGAAUUGGGUUUCAUCUCCAAAAUACAUCUAUUCUUAAUUUGCAGGGACUUCCUACUGCUGUUAGCUUGUAUGCCUUCUGUUAUUCUGCCCAUCCAGUCUUCCCCGGCCUUUACACCAACAUCAAAAACAAAAAUCAGUUUUCUAAUGUACUGGGUUUGUGCUUCUUUCUAUGCACAUUUACAUAUGCUGCAAUGGCUGUACUAGGAUACCUGAUGUACGGGACAGAUAUCCAAUCAGAGAUCACAUUGAGCCUGCCAACAAAGAAUGUGAGCUCAAAAGUGGCCACAUACACCACCUUGAUCACUCCCAUAGCCAAAUAUGCCAUAAAUGUGACACCCAUUGUGGAUGAAGUCAAACGUUGCUUACCAAAUUAUCUCAGCCCCAAAUUCUCUGGUAUGAUAAUAGGUACCACCAUCUUAAUAACUAACGUUGUGGUAGCUCUCACGGUACCGUUCUUUGCAUUACUAAUGUCACUGGUCGGUGCCUUGAUCAGUGUCACAACCGCCAUUACAUUCCCAUGUUUAUGCUACUUCAAAAUAUCUGGUAAUUACCGAAGAUUUGGAUAUGAAACCGUAGUUUUAUUGAGUAUAAUGAUGAUGGGCAUUGCAGUUGCUAUAUGUGGAACUUACACCUCUCUGCUAGACAUAAUAAGGAAGCUUCAAUCAUAACAUACCAGUGUGUUUUUUCUUUUUCUUUUUGCUUCGAGUGUUUUAUUUUGUUAUGCAUUCUAUCCUAUCUAAUGUGUUGUACUAAGAAAAAGAGUGAGAGAAUUAAACAUGGGUUUACUUUAGUCUGCGGUUGUGUGGCUGCUUCGGCCCAAGAGAUAUGAUUCCAUUUUUUGGGCUUCCACACCAUCGGGCCUCGCGUACGAACGUGUAUCGUCAUUGAGUACUUCUUCAUCUUUCAGACUAUAAAGAAAGUGUGCUAAACGUCAAAUUUGUAGUGUCGAAAAUUUAAAUUGCUCUAAUUCUUUUUGUGUCAUGUUCUGUUCUAUUACUGUUGUCGUAAAAUAAAUUAUUUGUAUUUAAAUAUUAUGUUUUCUUUUUAAGGUGCUUUCGUCUCAUUAGUUGUU